AUGGGAAAAUUUUGGAUUGAAAAGAACUAUUAUAAAGUUUUGCCGCUAUUCUCAGUGCUCCAAUUCCAGAACCAGGAAUGUGUAUCAUCAACAGGAAAUAUUGGAACAUGCCUGACAGUAUCAGAAUGUGAACAGCGAGGUGGAAUUAUCAAUGGCACUUGUGCUGGGGGCUACGGUGUCUGUUGUGAAUUUUAUGCUACUUGUGGACAAACUGUGAGAGAAAACAACACAUAUUUCAUUAGUGCCAACUAUCCCCAACCUUAUGAUGGAACAGGAGCAUGCCGGUUGCUUGUCAACAAGCUGCGUUCUGAUGUCUGUCAGUACAGGCUUGAUUUUGAUGAGUUCAGAAUAGCUGGUCCUGAGCCUGUAAACAACACCUGCAUUUAUGACCAGUUUCUUGUUACUGGAGGGAGUCCUAUAAAUGAGAUAUGUGGAAUCAACAAAGGCAACCACAUGUAUGUUGAUGCCAAUGAGGGCCAAAUUAGUCCAAUUGCCCUAACGUUUGUAACCAGUGGCCCCACAUUUUCAAGAAGGUGGAAAGUGAGAGUCAGCCAAAUAGCCUGCUCAUCACCGCUUAGAGCUGAAUCUGGAUGUCUUCAGUAUUUUACUGGAGUAACAGGACAAGUUAAAUCAUUCAAUUAUGAUCCAGAAGUUGGCCUACAGUUAUCUAAUCAGGACUACAGCAUGUGCAUUCGACCUGAGAGAAAUUUCUGUGGUAUACAAUAUGCAACAUGUCCAGAUACAGUAAACAAUAGGACUCAUGCUUUCACACUAACCGACAACACAUUAAGUCCAACUGCAAAUAUACCAGCGCGUGUUGCUAGUGCAGGGCCUUAUGCAUGUACAACAGACUGGCUUAAUAUACCAUGUGCAGUAAAUGCUGGACGUAGAUAUCCAGCUCAAUGUGUUGAUCGUAUCUGUGGAGGAACGUUCAGUGCAGAAGUUGGACAGCAGACAGCUUUUGUCUACAGUAGGACAAGACCGUUCCGGCUGGCUUUUCAUACUGACAGCUCUGAAGCUCCAAAUGACAUUGGGAACAGAGGUUUCUGCCUCAACUACAUUCAACAGCCUUGCUCUGCCUUAAAUGGGUGA